UGAACUUGUCAAAAUUUGUUACUGUCUAACACUGUUGCGGAGCGCCCUGUUCUCUCUAGUUUAUUCCGAAAUAACUAAGGGUUUCCAUUCACGCAGGUAACUAGUGGCUUCAGAUUCUGAAUUCCAAGGAGCAAUUACACGUCUGUUUAUUAAAGAAAAGCAAGAAAAUGCUCACCAGGUUGAUGGAUUCAUUCUGAAGAAGAAAAAAGAAUAUGGUACGGGAACAAUACCUGACAACACAAGGCAAUAGCCUACAAAGGCCAGAGAACCAAUAUGUCUACAAGAUUGGGAUCUAUGGCUGGAGGAAGCGCUGCCUUUAUUUAUUUGUGCUGCUGCUUCUCGUUAUCCUGGUGGUGAAUUUUGCAUUAACGAUCUGGAUUCUCAAAGUGAUGUGGUUUUCCACAGAUGGAAUGGGACACCUGAGAGUUACUGAAAAUGGGAUUCGAUUGGAGGGAGAGUCAGAGUUUCUUUUCCCAUUGUACGCCAAAGAAAUUCGCUCCAGAACGGAUUCCCCCUUGCUUGUGGAUUCUUCUCAGAAUGUGACUGUUAAUGCUCGAAACUCCAAAGGACAUGUGACUGGCAGAUUAACAGUGGGACCCAGCACACUACAAGCCCAUGGAAAACAUUUUGAAGUUCACUCCAAUACAGGCAGAAUGCUGUUCUCUGCAGCAGAGGAAGAGGUGGUAGUCGGAGCUGAUAGACUUCGAGUCACAGGGCCGGAAGGUGCUCUCUUUGAACACUCCGUGGAGACGCCAGUCGUCAGGGCUGAGCCUUUCAAACAGCUUAGGCUGGAAUCUCCAACUCGCUGUUUGAGCAUGGAUGCACCAAAAGGUGUUCAGAUCAAAGCACGAGCUGGAAACAUUGAGGCCUCUUCUCAGAGGGACAUCAUUUUUCACACCAGUGAAGGAAUGUUGGUGCUAGAUGCCGAGACAGUAAAACUACCCAAGUUGCCCCAUGGCUCACCGGGUGGACCUGGAAGCUCUCAGGGACUAUACGAGGUCUGUGUCUGUCCAAAUGGAAAGCUCUACCUGUCCGUCGCAGGCAUCGGGUCCACCUGCCAGGAUUAUAGUCAGAUCUGCCAGUGAGCAUCUUGGUUUCUUCGCAAAUGAGAUCUUGGCACGUCACCCAGAGCUUUUGAAAACCUGAAUAUUUUCUCAAUAAAUGCAGUCGCAAUUAUCAGUGAUCAGUUAUCAGCAUCAGAAAGAAAGUGGUAAAAAAGUUCCUUCCAUGAACAUGUCUCAUGAUCAGAGCUAUUAAACUGAACCCCAGAUUACCCCAGAAGUAUAGAAAAAAUAUCUAUUUACAAAUGGACAAAAAGAGCACAAUUCAGAACAUUCUUGUCAAAAUAGUGGAAGCAAAAAAUGACUUGAGCUCGAUUGCCAUUGCUGUGCAGACAACAUUGUUAAUGGCCCCACAUAACGGAUUGAAAUGAGAUUUACUAUCAAUGGUUCUUCAGCUCCUAUAUCAAAACCUUUUUAUAGGAAAGAUUAUGGUCUCUGAAUUACAGAUCAAUAUUUUCUAUCAGUGCAUCAGUCUGACGUCUACAUCUUCCAACUCCUUCUUCUGCCAAGCUGUGAGGUUCAUUUUUUAAUGAUAGAAGUACAUUGUAUGUAAUUAAAUUUUGAUACACUUAACAGCAGGGACUUGGUUGAUUUUAACCUGCGUCUGCUAGAUCUCUAUGCAAUAAUUCUUUUUCCUUUUUCUGCAAUAACACUUGAACCACAAGAGCUGUGCUUUUUGUACAAGACUACAAUGUGGAAUAAAGUAUCCAAAGUUUUACCAUCUGUAUGUGAACCACAGUAUUAAAACUGCAGUACCCUUUCUUAGUCUUUUUAUAAAGCUAUGUUGAAAUGUAUAAAAAUAAAAUUACACCAACCCUA